AAAAAAAAAGUUCCAUCUUUAUAGUUUCGUCUACUUUUUUUUUACUCGCUUGUAACACCUCUUGGCUCUUGUUUCAUUUCAAUUUGUUGGUGUAUAUUUAUUUUUGUUCCUACAUAUAAUUCAAAUUGAUUUCCUUAUUUACAGUUCCCAUUUUUGUUUUCCCACUCUAGCCUAGCAUAACCAGCUCUUCUAGUUCGACCAAGCGCCCACAGCCACAAACAAACGCACACACACACGGCUUUGAAUAGAAAAUGCCGCAGAACGAGUACAUUGAGGAGUCGAUCAGACGGCACGGUCGCCGUAUGGAUCACGCCGAGCGCACGCGCAAGAGAGCGGCGAGACAGGUUCACAAGGACUCCGAGUUUGCACAAAAGGUGCACGGCCUGAAGGCUAAGCUGUACAACAAGAAGAGGCAUUCGGAGAAGAUCCAAAUGAAGAAGACGAUCAAGAUGCACGACGAGAAGAAUGCCAAGCAGAAGAACGACGAUACCGUCCCCGAUGGCGCUGUUCCAGCGUACCUGCUCGAACGUGAGGGCCAGCAGCGGGCAAAGGUGCUGAGCAACAUGCUCAAGCAGAAGCGGAAGGAGAAGGCUGGCAAGUGGAACGUGCCCCUGCCCAGAGUGCGCGGUAUUGCUGAGGACGAGAUGUUCAAGGUCGUCAAGACUGGAAAGUCAAAGUCAAAGUCGUGGAAGCGCAUGGUUACAAAGCCCACGUUUGUCGGAGAUGGGUUUACACGCAAGCCACCAAAGUACGAGCGGUUCAUCCGGCCCAUGGCCCUGCGCUACAAGAAGGCUAAUGUCACACACCCUGAGCUUAAGGCUACCUUUGAGCUGCCCAUUAUUGGCGUCAAGAAGAACCCGCAGAGCCCCAUGUAUACGCAGCUCGGUGUGCUGACCAAGGGAACCAUCAUUGAGGUCAACGUUGCUGAGCUCGGUCUGGUCACCACUGGCGGUAAGGUGCUUUGGGGUAAGUACGCUCAGAUCACAAACAACCCCGAGAACGACGGCUGCAUCAACUCACUGCUGCUGGUGUAAUGCUUGCUGUUCCCUUCUUUCUCUCUAUUUCUUAUAUAAAUAAAAUACGCACAUUUAGUGAAAAACUUGUUAGCCUUUGCAAUGUCCGAGACUUCUAGGCUUUUAUUGAUAAUAAUGCAGCUUCAAGGUGUCUACGAUCGCCU